AGUCGGACGGCGGCUCUGAACAUGUUGCGGACAGCCAGCUACACGAACCGGUAAGAUUGUGUUCCGGAGGAAGCUAGCUGCUAACUCUAGCCCGGUCACGUACGCGAGAGGCUGGAGAUCGGGCUGCGCAUGUGCAAACUGCUCAUUGAUACUUUUACUGCUUGUCGUUGUGCAAGUGUCAUGAGGGUGCUAACCACAGAUUUUAUUUUUAUACAGUUUGUGGUGCUGACUAUGAUGUUUAAGUCACGCAGUUUGGUGCUCGAUAGUUUUUUUAUAUGCUGCUUUUCUUCUGAAACUAAGUUAGCCAUGAAUGGAACAAAGAAGUGCCUAUGAACACUUUUAUUUUACACUAAAAACUAAUAUGUUUGUUUAUGUUGUUGAAGGACCCAACCUUGUCACCCUCCCUAUCAGUUAUGGGGAAAAAUGCUAUAUAACACUGACAUAUCACAUCGUACAAGGCAGUACAACGUGAUAAUAACACUGAGCUCACACUAUGAAAUGAAUGCAUAAACUCUUAAUACAGAAAAGGUAAAGGUAGGACUAAGAUUUCAAUUUAAACUUCACAACUAAAGUCAUGCUUUACAUUUUGUUGAAAUCUAACCUUUAGCUUAGUAUGAGACAUUAAGAUGCAAAUUCAACAUUUCGCUUUGAACGUUACAUUUAGAUUUAGAUUUGAUAUUUAGGUAACGCUUGUUAUCUAAAUGUCAAUGUUUUGAUUUAUAUUCAACAAUUUAUUUGACAUAUAAUUUUAGGAUUUAACAUUCAUGCAUAGAUUUAUGUCCUGGAUUUAAAAUUCAGAUUAAAAACUUGGAUCAGAAUAAACAUUAGGAUUUAACAUUCAAACUUGACAUAUAACAUUUAACUUGUGAUUCAAAACUAAAGGGAUAUUUAACAUAUUGAUUUUUAUUUAACAUUCAAAUUUGACAUGUAACAUUUAGAUUUAACAUCCACAUCAUUUCAUAUAUUUCUGCCAACAAAAUAAACAUUAGUUAGUGACAUAUCUUUUGUUCUUUUCCCUAGCUCACCUGCUUUUUGUUCCUAGAUAAUGAGAUAAAUAAGUUAAGAUCUUGAGAGAAAAAGUGAUGGACUUGUUAUUGCAGGUAAGGGAAAAUAAAAUGAAUGAAUGCAAAUGUGGUUUCGGAGGUCUUCCCUGCUUAAUUUUAAUUAAAGAAAUCAUACACUUGAAUCCUUUAAACCUUUGCAAAUUGUCAAAGUCUGUUUACUUACACAAAAAUACAAAAAAUACAACUUUUAUUUUUAUUGGUGAUACACAGGCAAUGGUAUAGGACAACAUCAUUAUAAAAUGACUUUGUGAAAAAUAUUCUGGUCCCAAAAAUGAAAAGAAAAAAAAAUCCCUUCAAAUAUACUGUAUAUAUACAUAUAUUUGAGAUUGUCAAUGAAACCUUGAAGUGAAUUUACGAUGAUGCUGUUUCAUUUACUUUUGAAAUACUUUUGAAAUACUUUGUUGCGCAUGUGCUUUCAUAUUACAUCAUAUAUUAUUUUAAUAAUUAUAUUAUUUUUUAGAUAUAUUAUAUAUUAUUUACCUAUCAUAAAAAAGUUACCAAGCAUUGCAAAACACAAAUAUCAGCAUGCACUUCAUUCUUCAUACAAACAUCUCAUAGAUCAGUCUCUUCAUCAGUUUUUGCUGAAGCUGCUCCAGUGCAUGAUGUGAUUUUGAAGUGAAAUACUGCUCUUCACUUGAGCCACAUGUAUACACAUCCAAAAGGUUUCAAUUCAAUGUGAUGUGAUAUUUUAGGCAAACCUAAAGCAUAGAGAAACUCUGAUCUUGCAGAUGUUAGUUUUCUGAUAUUUCAUGUGAUAUGGUCAAGUCUUUGGAUGAUUGAUGCUCAAGUCAUGCAGAUUCUCUUGGCUGUGUAUGUGGAGGGACUUUCAGCUGGCCUUAGCAGAGCUCUGUGUCUCUUUUCUUCUUCACUCAGAGUUUCAGGGGGUUGGUACCCAGGCUCCUGGGGAUCCAGAGGGUCUUUGGAGAGCAGAAUACAGAUAGCAGGUAGUGUCCUUUGCUUGGAGCACUCUGCUCCUUUUUGUGGACUCUCCCAGACCUCAUUCACUGUCAUGUAGUACAGCUUAGAGACUUGGUGGAGCCCUCCCAUUUUUCGUUUCAGAAUCUCCACGCAGGUGAUGGUCUUGGUGACUCCUCUACCUGAGCCAGUGAAGACCACCUGUCUCAGUGAAGUCCCAUUGCUGCCUUUCCCCUCUCCUUGCAUGCGAGCUGUUACAAACCGGAGCAAAUUACGAAUCUUGCUUCCUUCUUUCACUUGCAUGUGCAGGACGUCAGCUGCCAGGCCAGGGAUGGGAAAGGGGCGGCCAUCCACUGUACGUCUGACUCUUUUGAAGUCACCCUGGCUAAAGUUCUGAGGGUGAGAUGUAGAUGGGGCACCCAGGUUGACUGCAGCACCCUGCAGUUCCAUUCUGGUGCUGCAUGCAGCUUUUGAACUCUGCAAAUGACCCCUGAGUUCAUCCAUUGCUUAGAUUGUAUUGAAAGAAAAGAGCAGGAUGCUUUUUCUUAGCCUGCAGCCUCAGAUUACUUGCAUGCUUCCCUUGAGGUUGGACCCACGUUUCUUCUUCAUUCGGUGUAGAAGUCCAGAAAGUGAUCUGCUUUGUAAUCCAAACUUGUGACUUAUCUUGAUCUUGUUUGUGUCCUUACUUCACGAUUCUUCUCCAGUCAGUCCCUGAGCCCUGAGAUGACAGGCAGCAGUAUGAAGAGGGUGUUUCUUCCUCUAAUCCCAUUGAAGUGAAGGAAAAGAUGUCCUUGCUCUAUUCAGCACAGAGGACAGCUGAUGCCAACAAACACAUAUGAGGCUCAGAGAGAGACAUGUAGAGUGGGACAUAGUGCUCUUAAAGGCACACGCAACAUUUAGUAAUGUUACAUUAUAGUUAGUUUCGGAGGGAAGCUUUAGUGAAACCCUUGAGGGCUGAGAGCUUUUAUUCAUCCAUGUGGCUGCUUGAAUUAUAUGGAUGAAUAAACAAGAGUAAAUGAGAUUUAAAAAGGCAUGCAGUUGAAACAAUGCUUUGUUUUGGAUGAAUUGUUUAUCCACUGACAUACUUAAUGUGUCUUUUUGCAGAUAUUGCAGCAUACUACAGUCUAACUGGUGCAAAGAUAUUAUGAAAAACUAUUUUUCCAACAGAUGCUAUGGUUUUCAAGACAUUUUCCCCUCUGCACUAUCAUCAGAGAGCCACAUGGUUCGAGCAAAAGUCUUUUCUCAGGGCUAAAUAGCAACUUCACAUUUCUCCUCCCCUCAGUCCAUCGCCUGCUGGUCUGACCCAGAAAAUGCUGCUACUUCAUCUGUUCCCGCUUUGAAUCAAUGACAUUUUUGAGGACAAUCACACCUUGGGGCUGCAGGGUUAAAGCCAAACCUGCAUGAAAAUGUAAAAACAGAGCCCGCUGAAUGAACUAGAUCUGCGUCCAGAUGCAAACAGAGGUGUGAAGUUGGUUUGUUAAAAGGAGGUGGGUCUCAGAAGGAGCUCAAGAGGCAGCUGUGGGGCUCAUAUGGAACCAGUAUACUGUUAUAAUAGUGUAUUUCUGCUUCACAGGGUCGGUUGUAACCCAUGAAAUUCACUGACUGGAGCAAUGGGCACAAAGGUGUGGCUUUUGUCUUGAUGGUGAUGAUUCAGUUUAGAAAAAUAAUUAAUCCCUGCAACUUGAAACAUAAACUCUCAAUGUCCCCUCCGGCUGUGUCACAUGGAGAACGGCCACUGAAUGUAAUGAAUGCACUGUAACUAUCUAGUUUUACACCUCAUUUUCACUUAAUUUUAUUGAAAACACCCAAAGCAUUCUCCUCUAACUGGUUUUAAGAGUCAUACCCUUAAUAACUCAACAAUAAGAGGGUUUCAUUGGCUCUGUUCGCACAUGUCAUUGCUUAGACUCCCCCUUGUGGUACAACUUGAUUACUACAUAAAUAGCAAUGAGGACCUUUGAAUUUUGUUCAAUCUGCACAUCGGAGUUGAAGGGAAAAUAUUAAAUCCAUUGAGAAAAAUAAGCAAAUAUCAUAAAACUUUAUUUUGAAAAUGUGCAAAAGGUGUUUUUACAGUACAAAGUUACAGGACAAAAUCACAGCACACUGAAUAUUAUCAUAUAAGGCAAAACUGUAACAGUUCCAUGAAAUAGCGAGCAAGUUUCACCCAGUUUACUGCAUUAAUACAAACUAGAAGACGAGUCUAUCUUGGUUUGUGAUGUUGUUACUUUUCUGUGUGUCUUCUACUCAAACAAAAGCUGAAUCAUGUUAUAAAAACAGCUUAUUAUUUACACUCAUCUGUCAGUCAAACAAAGUCUAAGUGAUUUUAAAAUGAAAGCUACACUAAAUAACUGUGUGGAAAUGUGUGAGUGCAUGUUCGUUUCCUCAGCAAGGCUUUGAAGCAAUUACUUGAAUAAUUUCCCUAUGGAUCUUGGCUUCCUGCGUAUCGAUUUCCACAUCUCCCACUUGGCCAUUCUCAUACCUGAGAAAGAGAAAGGCAUAACAUUGUAGGAAUUUGAAUAAAUUCUGGGAAUCAUCUUAUUACACUGACAGACAGACAUAUUUUCUGGGCAGCUGUGUCUUUACUGUCUCGCGUUUUACUCACACAAAGAGGAACCGUGUGCACACAUGGUCAGAUAUCGGACACACCCAGAUGUUGCCGUGUUUUUGAAGCUCCUUUGAGGUUAUUACUGUGAAGAAAUACAGACUGUGUUUUAAUAAAAACACAAACACCAUGAUCUCUUGUAAUCCAGCCUGUGUGAGAUAUGGAUUGUUUGAGGAUCACCUUCACAGAGAGCUAUGCAGUUUAAAUUUGUGUUCUGAAGAAACCUGGCCUGUACCGACUUUUCCUAAGACAAGACAAGAAAACAGAGUUAGGAAAAAAAAAGAAGCACUACCAUGGUAUCAGAUGUUCUUUGUGGCUUUUUUUACCUGUUGGAUUUUGUGUAAUUGAUUGUAUUUUUUCAGGAGUUCUCCCUUUGGUGGCAUUUCGUGUCGCCCUUUACCCAUCUCUGAAAGACAGGUUUAAAAACACAUUUACUAAGUUACAUGUGUGGUUUUAUUUGCAGAACUUUAUUAAAGUAAGUUCAGUUUUCGUUCAUACCAGAAUAUCCAAAUGAUAUGCCAGAGAUUGGACUCAGGUAUAUGCCUUUCCCAUAUGCAGCUCCAUGAAGCUUCAAGAAACAGAACAAAAAUAUGACACGGUCAGUAGAUCGGUUUAUUGAAACUUGGUGUAACUCCUCAUCAUAUAAGUCUAAAAAAGCAUACUGUAUAUUUAGCAGUCUGUUGAACUCUUGUUACAUUUAAAAGCUUUCGUUUAUUUAGUUUAAAGAAUGCAAAAUAGGUGACUGUCUUGUUCUCUACCUGUAGUUUUGUGCAGGAGGCAUUGACCAGCCCAUUUCUUAGAAUAGAGUGCCAGUUUUCAAUGUGGGAACCACUACAUGAAGAGAAAAUAGGAUUUGAGUCAACAUACCAGGGAUCAUAUUUAGUAUUUAGUGAUAUAUCAUGAUAUCAAGGUUAACACUGCUAUGAUUUUACUCACUGGAAAGCAAAGGUGCUACCAUAAAGUUUCUUGGCAGUUUGGAAGCGAGCCUCUUUGGAAGGAGGGCUGCUGAUCAGCAGGAACUGAUGGGGUGUUUGCAUGAACUUGAGUUGCUAUUGAGCACAGAGAAAUAGAAAAUAUAGAUCAUUAACGAUUACUUUCUUAAAACAUGUAUAAAAACAUUAUGUGAUGCAACAAUACUGAAGUAAAAUAAUAAUUUGGCUGCAUAUUACAAACUACCUCAGCAGUAAAAUAAAACUUGCAGCCGCCACAUUAAGACACCAAACUCUAGCUAUGAACUACUGAAUCAUACCCUGUUCAGUGGAAGCUUGACAAUGUGUGAUCUGUUGCUUGCUAAAAUCCUGUUAUCAGACAUGCAAACACACACCUGGAUAUCAGUCUUACAGAUAACUGGAAUUGACAAAAUGUGAAGGUUAUAGAAUACAAUAGAAGUAUUAAUGCAAUAGCAUUUCAAUCACAUCUCUCACCAUUGCAGUAAAGGAUGAGCCAGGGGGUCUAUCUGAUCCAUCUGCUUCUUUAUUUCAGAAUAUGGACCCUGGAUGUUAUGAGACAAAACAAAUCAGUCCAACAAACCUCCAAUAUAUUUAAAUCAUUCAAAGUGCAUGGAUGUGAAUCUUAAAUACGGUUUCAUAAAGAUUCAGCUUUAGAUUAAUUACUUGUGCCAUCCUUCGGAUUAGCAAGACGCUGUCAAGAGCUUUCUGUAGCCGGUCAUAGCUCUUUUUCUGCAGCAACACAACAAAGAUGAUUUCUUUAGAAUUACAAAGGUAAUUAUGGAUAAUCUAAUUAUAAUUGAAGUCAAUAAUAAAAUGGAUUAGUUAAAAAGAUACCUUUGGGCUAAAGGCCAGUAUUUUGGGGUUCUGUGGAUCAACAACAGAGGGGUACGGUUCGAAUAUGAUGCUCUUGCGUGAAGACUGGAGAGCAGCUCUACACAUGGCCACCAGCAGGUCAGCUACCUGAAGAUCAGAGAUGAGUGAUAUACACCAAACUCUCUCUGUCACCAUCCAGAGUACCUUUUUAAAGAAGUGCAUAUGUGUGUUACAGACCUCUGCACCGGUGGCAACUUCUUCUGUUGCUCCAGACAUGACACCCAGCGUAUAGAAAGAAAACACACACAGCUCCCUGCUGCAAACUGCUGGCUUUAAACACACAGAGCAGAACAGGGACACUUUAAUGACAUUCAGCUGUACUUUUAGUUUUGAUGAAGUAUACUGGCCAGUUGUUUUCUUUUCAAUGUACCUUUAACAUGGGGCCGUUCUGAAACACAUGUCGCUCAUCGCAGACCACACAGUAUUCAUUCAGAGUGGGGAGUCUCUGCUCAGCAUACCUCAUAAUCUGCACAUAAAAUGAAGUAUAAAGAUUGCUUUCAUUACGUCUCACUUUGUGCUUUGAUUGAUUGAUGGAUUAGAUAGCUGGUUGAUUGAUUGAUGGCAUCAUUUUGUACAUGUAAAAUAAAAUUAAAUAACAGUUGAUAAAAAGAAAAGGAAAAGCAAGAAAAGGCAAAAAUCUUCUAUCAUCAAACACUGAAGCAUUUUUUAUAUGUAGGAAAAUGAGCACGAAGCGGUGAUAAGUACUAAAAAACAUCAAUUUAAAUAUCGGAAAUACUUUGUUCAUAACUGUUUUGGAUUGCAUUACAUUUGCCCUCUUUUACAAGAUAAACAAAUCACAGCAUUGUGACGAUGAUGGCGUAAAGAGAUCAUGUGGUCACCACUUCACGUCUGCAUCAACUGAUCAACUUGAUUGUGAGCAGUGACUCUUAAAUUUCACCAAAUUUCAAGAAUCUCUGACAGAAGUUUUCCUACCUGUGCUAGGAAGCCAUGCUGCAGAGUGGGGGUGGUCUUACAGUGCCCGAUGGCCUGUGAGGAGAAAAGCAGCUCGAUCAGCUGUUUGGUGCUGAGCUGUGCUGAAGACUUGACCGCUGACACCAUCACCCUCUGCGGAAGAAAAGACGCAAAGUCUGAUUUAAGUAUUGAGGAAAUCCUUAAGCACUAACAGUAAGUUAACUCAGACAGAGGGGUUACCUUUCCACUGGGUGUGUAGGUGAAGAGCUCUCCAGUGGGAUUCUUGAUGGUGUAGGACUUUGUGUGAUUUGUGAAACGGUUCGGUUUCAUUGGUGGUAUAAUGACUCUUCCUCCUACUGUGGGUUCCUGGAGAUUAUUUAACCUGAUCACAACAGGAGAGAGAAACCAGUUAGAAAAGAAUCAAGAAUCGUUUGAAUCAGUGUUUAAGCUUUUUGUUGCGUACUUUGAUGGUGGGAGCCAGAUGCUGAAUCGAGCUCGAAAUUUCUUGAUGGUUCCACUCGGCCUGAACCAGCUUUGCCUGCUCUUCCGUCGCACCAUGAUGUUCUCAUUGGUUAGGUGUUUCCACUCCCGAGAGAGGAAGAUUGUGAGAAUACUGGGUGACACAAAUUAGGAGUUUGUCACUGAAUGAUCUUUAACUGCAACGAGUGAAACGUAAAGAAUGAACACCCACUUCUGGAGCUGCUUCCCAAGGCUGAAAUCAUCGGUGUUGGAUGGCUGAAAGACUUCGACUGAAGGUGCUGUGGUAAGAAAAAUCAGAUAAAGAGGAAUCAUUCAAUGUCAUGUUGAAGCUCCUGUGAGGAACUUCUGAUUUUUUGACAGGAAACAAGCUGUACCUCAUUUCUCUUUGCUGUUUUUUUUAACAGUUAUUCAGUGUCACUCUUGUGUCAGUGGCUAUAUACGAUUUUCUUUUUUAAAUUUUUCCACUUUUUCAUUCAUUAUUGGCUCUGAUUUGCAAGGAAUGGGGUAGGACUUGAUAAGCUCUCUGCUUCAUUCUGUUCUUUCUUAAACUGUUUGUUGUUGACAUACAUAUGUUAGUGUAAAUCUAUCUUUGACAUGUAUAGUUGUUUGGUGUACAUAUGUAUUAUUUUGCUCAAUGUUUUCAUUUUUAGUAGUUUUUUCUGUUCUCAAAGUUUGAGAUUAAUUAGAGAAAGAAAGAAAGAAAAGGAAGAAAGACUCUUUGCGGUGAAAAAGGUUUUGAAAAACACAUAUUGGUAGCUUCAAUAACUUCAAUUACCGUGUGGCAGUGGUUAAAAACAUUAAAAGUUAGUACAGAGAAAAUACUAGUCUCACUGCUGAUGGUCUUAUUUGCUUUUAUAGGUCACUUAUAGGUGUUAUAAUGGUUUUCUGUGUAUUUUAAAGCUGUCUUAAAUUUUUUUAAUUUAAGUAAGUUUGUGGCUGUGUUGCUGUUUUUACUCACCAGGUCCAUCCAGAUACUGGGACAGGGAAAAAUGUAGACGGAUAACAAUGGACUCUGAUGGAUUAAUCCUCCAGGCCUUGGCCACUUCAUGCUGUAGACACCAAACAAUUUAAUCACAUUACACAAAGCAGGAAGCCACAAUAGAAAACAUAGCAGUGCACUGUAUUAAAUAAGUGUGUAACAGAUUCAACUCACACCCAAAAACUCUGCACUCAUGUUAAGGUCGAUGUCCACUUCAUCAAUUGACCCAUACUCCCUAAAAUAUGACAUUUUGCGGAUGAAAACCUGCAGAAGUAAUUUUAUUUCAAGACUGUAUAACAACAACAAAAAUAUUUUCUUACGUUAUAGAGACGACAGAGUCUGUAUAUAAAGUUCUGACUGCCUCAAUGUCUGUGUCCAGCUGAGGGUGGUGAUACCAGUCAGUGGCACAGCUCUCCUGCAGAGACAAACACGACACUGUUACCUUAUGGAGAGAACAGCUGAGCACGAGAGGAGGCCAAAGAUUAACCUUCUCACAGAUACUGUUUAUACAACAGUGACUGAGAAGCUCUGACAAGAUAGGCUAUAUAAAAUGUAGGUUACAAAACCCCCGCCACUACCACCAUUUUCUACUAGUUAGAACUUAAAAGAUCUAAUCUAUCAUGUUCCUUAUUGUAUAAUUGUCAUCAUAAGCUAAUUUCAAGUAGGCUCUAUAAUUCUAGGGUUAUUAUUUGUUACCUAUUGAUACUACAAUUACAGAUGCUUUAGAAAAAAAAUUCAUUUGUUGACCUUUACAUGAUAGGAAUGAUUGAAUAUCUUGAUAACAUUAAAGCUCCUAUGAGGAGUUUUUUGACUUGAAUGAAAUGAAAUCAAAAUCAUAUUGAUGCCUUUUUAUGAUAACCAGGAGCAAUCAAAACCAUCAGGGACAAGAUUGGUAAUUUGCAUAUUGUCAUUUUGAUGCCUGAAACUGGUGUGAAAAGGAAGGUGUCAACUGAGCAGUAGAGGAAAAGCCCGCUUUUUGCAAUUUCAACACAAAAUAUUUACAAUAAAUUACACAUUUGACCAUCAAAAGUCAGCAGAUAUUAUUUUAGCAUGUAGAGAGCCAGAUAAAGACAAGCUGCUUUUCCCAAAGGUGGCACCAAAACUGGCACACACCAAAAGCUCAUCAGGAGCUUUAAAUGUGAUUGAUUUGCUGAUCUUGUCAUGUACACAUGUGGGUAGUGUUUUCAGAGAACUUCACCUUACUGUCUUUAAAAUCACGUGUAUUGUGAAUAUCUGCUGUAGAAAAAAAAGUUUUUUUUUCUUUAGCAUAUUGUUGAUUAUCUCAUUUGACACCAACCCUCUUGUGGUGGGUUCAAGCAUUGAAAAUUACGACAGCAAUAUUUUUCCUGAUCUUCCUGUUUGCUUUUGCAGUACGUAAAGAGGUGUCUGUGCUAAUUUCACACUGUUUCAUGACUGGUCAAAAACUCCCCACAGGAGCUUUAAGAGAGAAAUAUUUACCCCAAACUUUACAAAAGUAAAUGUAAAACAAAUAGUCCAGUGACUGCUUAAUAAUCCUGACUUUUUAAUGGUAACUCCAAACAGCUUUUCUCUAUUAAGUUUUCUUUUUCUGAAUAAUGUAGGAUUGUGUGAGGCUUAUAUUUAAACCAAAAAAAAAAAAAAAAUUCAAAAAGAAUUACAUCUGAAGUGCUCAGGCCAUCCUCCAUGUCACUGUCUUCAUCACUCUGGCUCUCUGUCCACAGAUCAGUCUCUGUCUCCUGUCAGGUUAAUUGGACAACGCGUCAAUGAAAAGAUCCUCUUAUAGUAAAGCUAAUUUGUCCACUUCCCUAACCCAAACAGUGCUAACUCACAACUACACUGAGUCACAUUCAUUCAGAGGGAAUAAUUCUUACCCACUACGGUAAUCAUGCGUCAACAGAGCCUUUGUUUGCCUUUACAAAUUUCUUUUUUUCGUAAUAUUAACUGCACAAACUUACCCAGAAAACCAGAAAAUAUUCACAAAAGUAAAGACCAUCAAAUUGUUUUGUGUAUGUGUGUUAAGAUUUUUAAUAUUAUAAUAAAAAAAUGCAUGAAUAGAAGUAGAUAAUGUGUGCGUACAAACUCACCAUGUGUUCAGUUUUUUGGCGUUUCCUCAGAAACAGUCAUCGGCCCUUUUCCUUCUCUGUGACCAACAUAACUAAACAUAGACAGGAAAAACAUGUGACUGACUUAUUUCACCUACCAACACAACAAAGGUAUUUUAGCACAUGUUUGUCCCUACACUUAAUAAUUUCAUGGCCAAGAUCAUCUCUAGUUGUCUCUAGUUGUUUUUGUAAAUAAGCAAGCAAAAAACAAGAGCACAUGUCAAGGAGGUCAGCGCAACAGAACCACGAUAGUCCUUACCUUGCUGAGAGAGAAAAAUAGUUCCAUGUGUACCACUGAACAAGUCAUGCUGUAAUGAAAAACAACAGAGGUAGUAAAAUCUUAAAGCUGUACAUGACUGUCAGCCAGAAACCCCAGUAAAUAUUCCUGUUUGUAACGGCUGGGUCUGCUCGUGUUUAGCCGUCCUCUCCCCACUCUGCUUGUGAACAGCAGGUAGUCCCACAUGUUAGAGAUUGGACUUGGUUGUCACAUGAUUGGCUGCAGACACCAACAGGCUGAUCAUCUGUACCUGCUCCAGACAGACACACAGACACAGAGGAGAGGCUGAGGAUGUGACCUGAAGCUGUAAGUCUGUCACUCACAGUCCCUCCUGUCCUGUCUGUGUGAUAUGAGUGUCACUGUGUCUACAGAUUUUGUGGUUUAUUGAUCAAGAGAGGAAAACUAAAGAAAUCCAUGUGUCAAACUAUUCUGCAGCUCCAGGCUCCUGAAUCAGUGUUAAGACUGUGAAGAGAACAAAGAUUCUCUGUUGGCAGGGCUGAGGGAUGCUGAUGAUGUUUGGCAUUUAUGAGUCUUCCUGUCUGCCUGCUGUGCUGCAGUCUGACCUUAAUCUGCAGUUACCCUUGUUAGCAGCCGCCUGCUGCUCUGCAGUCUGGCCAGAUUAGACACUUCUAGGAGCGCUUACAUCUGUGCAAGUCUUCUCUCAACAAGUUGUGUUUCUCGGAGUAAUCCACUUAGACAUGGGUGGGUGUUUGAAAUGUGGCCUUAUCUAUUUAUAGAGAGUAGGCACAUAAUCAUGAACCCCUGUACUGUAUAUGGCCAUUUCAAGGCUACGUACAAACACAAAAAAUACAAAGUGAGUGGAAUUUCUCUGUGGGUGAGUCAGUGUGUCUCAGACACAAAGAGUCGGCCAAGCCAUUUUUCUUUCUCUCCCUUUUUUAAAGGUUAUUUAUUUGUGCUAUAUAGGAUAUUAUUAUCUAGUAUCCAACCCCUUUCCUAAUUUUGUACUAUAAGCGUUAUAUCACUAUAUCCCUAGGGUCCCAUCUGUCAGACCAACAAGAUAAAUGAAAACAGGUUCACAGUCAACGAUACACGGGUCUAAUUUCCACUGUAUCAUAGCUAUAUGAUAGCUAUAGCAUCUGUCGAGUCACCAAUUGUCCAUAUGAAGAAUCAUCAAGAAGCUGAAAUAAACACAAGCAUGAAUAUUUACCAGAUUACACCAGAUAGGGAUUGUGAGUAGAAUGUGAAAUACAUUAGAUCAAGUAUAUUGGAAAGGAAGUACAAAGUACUGAGUACAUCACUGUAUCUUAACUUUUUGUGGACCAUUGAUUACUUAAUAUAAAGAAGCAACUAAUGUACGGUUGAUCAUGUAGCUCAAUUUGUUGUUGCUCUCUUUUGCUGUAUAAGAGAGGUUGACAUUUUCCAGACACUUUGACCAGUUAUCCACUAGAGGGAGCUCUUGUUGAGACUGAAAGUGACCUGGUGGCAUAUGUUUUGUCCAUACUUGGUGCAAGUAUGUGCACUAUAUCACAAACAGUAAAACUCAGAUUUUAGGGCUGAUUUUUCAAAGCGAAUUUCACAGAGAUGUUUUACCUCACAGUUGUUCAUUCAUGCUAAUGUUUGGCCAUGUUCUUAAAUUGCAUUUUUCAUGAAAGUUUAUUUUUGAAGAAGGGUGACAAACAAUAGGAGAGACAAUAACAAUGUUUGUGGACUUAAACACAAAAGUGGAGACUUUUUUGCAGUGUGAGUGCACAAUAGCAUUAGUGUGUGUUAUGGCUUUGGGAUGAUCACAUUGAUAUCAUUCAAAAGCAAAAGGGUGAAUAAUUUUUUAUCUGAAUAAAAUCAGGAUGCUCACUUGGUUUUAUAUUUGCUGCAUGUUGCAGAAUUACAUGUUAGGUUGGUUUGUUGAUUUAUUUAAAGUAGCAUUAGUGUCCAGCGCAAACACUAACAAGCACAUGCAGCUGAGAAACUGAAAUUAUUGCAUUGAGUGUCAUGUCAAAGGAAAAAAAAUCUGUUUUAAUGCCAAUCUUUUACCUGUUUUGAGACUGGAGGCUAGACAUGCAUGUGUUUCUCUGCAGCUGGCUGCUCAACUGGCAUGAACUGCCAGCUACAAAGUGAUCCUUACAUGGAUUGGAGGUUGGUGAAUGUCAGUUUGGCAUCAGGUUUCAUCCUCUAGAAAUAUCAUCAUGUACCAAAAACAUAAAAGUGUCUUAAAUUGUCCAUUUGUAUAUUGUUCUUGCAGUCGUCCCCUUUUAUCAAGGUAGUUAGUUGAUGUUUUUUUCUGGUCAGUAAACAUCAUCAGGAAAUCAAGAUACAGUAGAAGAGUAAACAGUUGCCUUCACUCCAUAAAAAUAUAUUUGAUCAAUAUUUUUCAAAUUUUAACAACAUUUUAGGAGAAACCUAACUAGUUAAGAUGUGAUGUUUAAUUUUAAAGAAAGACAUAGAUACAAGAGUGUAAAAAAGGUGUCCUCCCAUCAGCAGCUAAAAAUGAGUUCAGGCAGCAUAUGUUUUUUGUAUUGAAUAACGUUGGGGAGGAGAGUGGACAUAUAUGUAAGGCAUGGCACUGGGUGGAUACAGUUUGUGUGGUACAGUAUGUUCUUCAUCUGAUCCCCGUAUGCUUUAUAAAGCUAGGCAUGGCUCAACUGUAUCUGCUGCACAUACAUACCAUAACAUGCUAUACCUUGACAGAGUGACGACUUGACACACGGCAGGGUUUCAAGACUAUUUUUGGGAAAAAUCUGUCAUCGGUUAAUAUAGGAGACUAUGUAUAUAUUAUCAACUUAAGUCAAACUCUGAGUGAAUCAUAUAUAUAUAUUUAAACCAUGGCCAUUAUUCAGCCCCCAUGUGUCCAUAGGAGUGGCAUGAAGUCUUCCUUGCAAAAAAAAUGGUGUAGAUUGUAUGUCAUCUUUAGAUCAGAGGUACAAGCCUGACCAUAAAAGGAGAGGUGCGUAGGAAAAAUAUAUCAUACUGAAGUGACAGCAUACAAACAAAAAGAAACAUAAAUAUGUGAAUCUAAUAAAAAACACAUUAAAACAAUUUGCAGCGGGUAUCUGAAGCCAAUUAAGAAAUAAGUUAUAAUAUUAAAUCUUUUAAUAUAUAAAUGAAUUUUUUCAUUUAUAAUAUGUAUUCUUCUAUUGGAAGGACAUGUCAUCACAAGAGGAGAAUAUUGGGAUCCAACUAUAUGCUUUUUUUGCACUGAUUUAAAGGGCUUUAAAGUGAAAAGAAGAGUCAAGAUAGGAAAUAAAUAUUGUCCCUCAAACAUCUCUCUAUAGAAGGCUUUAAAUUCCUGCUGCUGGAGUUUCUUCUCUAUCCUAUUGCAAUGUUAGCUUUGACAAAUCAUGACAUUAACUCUACGAAAAAAAAUAAGUGCUGGUGGAAAACAUUGGGAAAAUGUGCUGAAAGAUUCCCAGUCCCUCUGUAAACGUUAGGAAAUAGCACGUACACUUUCAGUUGACGAUAACUUACCGACCUUUCCAAACAAUUAAACAUCUUUAGUUUCAACUUGGCUACCCAGGAUCAUGUUUAAGUAUUGGCGGAGGGAUUUGGGAGUGCACAGGCGAACAGCCCUCGCACCUGCGCUGUAUCAACCCUCAUAUUUAGCCCAUAUUAAGCACUUUGAUUAAUCAUAGGAUAUUAAAUAUGAAGUUCACCUACAAGAAAUAAUAACGUGUAAAUAAUUACUUUCCAUAAAAACGUUUUAUUCGUCCUUAACGGCUCCGCCCUAUAUCUUGUGUUGAUGUGUGCCUCUCACAUGGGAAAGUAGUUCCGGUUAGUGGGGAGGAUAAAAACUGUCACUUGAGCAGUAGCAUUGGCGUCUUGGUCCCUGCAAAGUUCACCCAGAAGGUGAGUAACAGCGAACAGACUGAAUUAUCUGACAUAGAGACUGAGGAGAAGAGAUUUUACUCUUGGCUGGGAUUGAAUAUAAUUUGUCAUGGUUGCAAACUAAAAAAAAAAAAAAGUCAAAACAGACCUUUACACUUACUUAUUUGGUGACAUGCAUUGUUCAUUUCUACUUAGUUUUCUUUUUUCUUUUUAAUUUUCUUUUCUGUAUCUUGUCAGUAUCUGUUGUGCUGUAGUGUUGCUCAUAACUUUUUAAGGAUGAAGGGAAUUGAUCUUAUUCUGUCUGAAUACUAACAAUAUUGGUGAUACUUACAGCUGAACUAAGACUAAUGGGAUCAAUAGCUGCCCAAUGUACUUGAAAUUACACAGGGCCUUUAUAGACAGUUUUCCUCACCUGGAAAUGGCUCUAAACUUUCCCUCAAAUGUUAAAAAAUCAUUUGAAUUAAGACACCAUCACUACCAUGGGAUCAUGGUGUCUUUUGUAUUUUUUCUGGUUUGUUUCUGCUGUCUAUUUAUACACACAGCUGACCAUGUUAUUUUAGGAAAAUGCUCUGUGCAGGAAUGUCCUUCCAGUACACACACACACACACACACACAUAAAGUAUGUUUCCAUGCACUGAUUGUCAACACAUCUCUCAUGCUAGCCUUUACUGUUGCUGCCUUGAAGCUAAAUUCUAAAAUAUCAGUUUUUUUCUUGUCAAACACCACUACUUAGAUUCCUGAUGCACAGACAGUAUGCAAUGUGUUAUUCUUUAUGUGCUAGCUACCUGCAGCCUCUGUAUGUAACGUCCUGCUGCUCGUCUUCAGAAGCACAUAAACUGUUGAUUGAAUUCGAGAGAGUGCAGUCAGGCAGGCACAGACUGUAGUUGUUGCUCUUUUACAUAGCCAGUUGGGUCAGCUUGCAUAGCCACUCUCCACAUGUGGAGGCUUAAAAUUAAUCCACAGAGAGGUCACACCUUACUAUAUGUGUGGCUUUUUCCAUUGACAUGAUUGAUGGAACCUCAGAGUUUCUGAUUUACUUCCACAGUCCUUGAAUGUGCAGCUGUUCAGGUCAUUUACCUUAACGUAGCUUUGUGUUAAAUAUAUCAAUGAGGCUUCUGCAGGAAUUCAUCCGCAACUUAAUAACAACCCAAUGAUCCGUAGUACCUUAAAGGAAAAAUUAUUGAUCAUUGCACUCUUCCUUUUCUGAUCUCCACAGAACAUUUCCUGCAGACUCAGAUCCAGUCAUGUCGAAGACAAAGGAUAUGGGCUCUUCCAUCAUCCACACGCAGCAGAUGCAUGCUGCGAUGGCGGACACCUUCAUUGAGCACAUGUGCCUGCUGGACAUUGACUCUGAACCUGCAGUGUCUCGCAACACUGGCAUCAUCUGCACAAUCGGUCAGUGCUCAUUGUCAAACACUGCAUAUUCAUUACUAUUCAUACACUACAUCCAAUGGUUAUCCCUUUGCGUGUGAUUGUUAAAAACAUCAAUCGGGAGUUAAACACCUGUCACUCAUUCGUCUCCAUGCAGGACCUGCCUCCCGCUCUGUGGAUAUGGGCAUGGAGAUGAUCAAGGCUGGGAUGAACAUUGCAAGAAUGAACUUCUCUCAUGGCACACAUGAAGUACGUCAAAGACACUUAAAGCCUCUCAGAUUCCUAAACUUCUAUCAAACUUUGUAGUCCUCUGCUGUACACUGUUCAAAGUGUUGACAUCAUAGCAUAGGGGUAGACACCUGAAACAUUCAGUGAAAUCUCUGAUUCAUGUGUGCGCAAUAGUGCAGCAUGUUUGAUUUUGAGCCCAGACGGAGCAGGAAUUUCUUCUCCCUCUCCGGGUGACUCAGUAUUAAUUUACCCUUUAAAGCCACAACUGUCAGUGUGACAUUACUCCUGUAACUGUCUGUGCCUGUAAUCUGAUCUACGAGCUUGUGCUCGCCCCCUCAGUAUCAGAACUGUGUUGUGGCUCUUCAUUUGGUGAGCCAACACCUUAUAUUAAUGACCCCUUGCCUUUAAAAGUCAUGCCUCUUUACCUUUUUCUCCGGUCACCUGAGUGGAUGAGCCAUCAAAUCUAUCAUUAGCGUCAGGGAGAACAUCCACAUCUGACAUUAGGAGCUUUAAAGGUUAACAGCAACUCAACUCUGAGGUUUGCUCUGACCUGUCUGUGCGGUGCAGCAGGAUCUAAACAGAAACAGUGAAUCUAUUUGGGCUUAAAACUGUAGAAACAUCAUAAAAGUGCUUUUCAUUCAUAAAAUUCCAAACAAGAAGGUUGGAUAUUUCUUACGGGAGAUCCAAAAUAGACUUGACCCCUGUCUCAUUGGUGAGUCACCUGUCAGAGCAGCUUUAAAUAGGUCUUCUCAGAGAGUCCACCUGGCAGCAACAGCACAAGAAGAACACACAUUUAAUCUAGAGAAAAUAGUAAAUUAUCUUUAAACAAUAAUACACAUAGUUUACAACCUUCAGAGUGUUAGUUUGUGGCUUUCCAGGUAGUGUACUUUUACUGGAUCCAUACAGCAAGACUCCAUGUUUUUCACAUAAAAAAGGUUAUCUACUGAUCUGUUAACCACCCCAGUUUAAAGGGUUUUACUUUAACAUUACAGAAGCUAUUGUUAUCUCUAUGACAGGCUAUUUCUGCAGGGAUCAGUGCCAUGUUAUACGAUGUGUUGCAGCUGUCAUUUGGGUUUACUGUAUGCACUUAUGUAACCAGAGUCAUGCCAUCUCCAUGACUGUGACCAAGUUUGCCCACCUGUUGAUUUACUGACUUCAUUUUGUCACCGAAGACUUGAGCAUAUGGAGAGCUUCUGUACCCGUGUUUUAUCAGUGUCUCUAAUCUGAUCACUUUUUUGUACUUCAGUACCACGCUGAGACCAUCAAGAACAUCCGCGAUGCAACUGAGAGCUUUGUGCCAGGAUCUGCUGAAUACAGACCAGUGGCCAUCGCUCUGGACACCAAGGGACCAGAAAUCAGGACCGGUCUUAUUAAGGGCGUGAGUUUUCAUCAAAUUGCAUCAACUCCACAAGGCUAUUUUUUUAACCUACCGCAUGAUUUUACGUUUCGUGAUUUUCUGUGAAUAAUCAAGCUUUCUCUCCCUGAUGCUUAGAGUGGCACAGCUGAGGUUGAGCUCAAGAAGGGUGAAACCAUCAAGGUCACACUCGAUGACGCGUUCAUGGACAAAUGCGAUGAGAAAGUUCUGUGGCUCGACUACAAGAACAUCACCAAGGUUGUGCAGACCGGAAGUCAUGUCUACGUUGAUGAUGGUCUGAUUUCUCUCAAAGUCAUGGAAGUUGGUAAGACUACAAUAAAUCGUCUCUAUGUGGCUCAUCUGCUCUGAUUUUAUAGAGCGAAAUUAAGUGGUUGUUUCUCAUUUUGCGUCCCAAGGCAACGACUUCCUGAUGUGUGAAAUUGAGAAUGGCGGUAUGCUGGGCAGCAAGAAAGGUGUCAACCUGCCUGGAGCUGCUGUCGACCUGCCCGCUGUGUCUGAGAAGGACAUUCAGGACCUGCAGUUUGGUGUGGAGCAGGGUGUUGACAUGGUCUUUGCCUCCUUUAUUCGUAAGGCUGCCGAUGUUCAGGCUGUGAGGAAAGUUCUGGGCGAGAAGGGAAAGGACAUCAAGAUCAUCAGCAAGCUGGAGAACCAUGAGGGUGUGCGCAGGUGGGUAGACCCUUAGCAAACACACUCGAAUCUGUACAGACCUGAAGAUAUGUUAACGUACGGUUAACUAGUCUACUUGUUUGAUAGAUUUGAUGAGAUCCUGGAGGCCAGUGAUGGCAUCAUGGUUGCACGUGGAGAUCUGGGUAUCGAAAUCCCCACAGAGAAGGUUUUCCUAGCCCAGAAGAUGAUGACUGGCAGGUGCAUGAGGAUUGGCAAGCCCAUCGUCUGUGCCACACAGGUCUGUGACACCAGUAGGACAACUAUGAAAGAACAUUUUGUGAAAGGAUUGUGUUUCACGGAAUCUUCUGUCGCUCUUUAGAUGCUGGAGAGCAUGACCAAGAAGCCCCGCCCUACUCGCGCAGAGGCCAGUGAUGUCGCCAACGCUGUGCUGGAUGGCAAUGACUGCAUUAUGCUGAGUGGUGAGACCGCCAAGGGAGAAUACCCCCUUGAGGCUGUGCACACACAGCACAUGGUGAGAGAACCCCCCUGAGUAACGCCGUCCUUUAUGUGCUUUUUACCAGCUAUAUGUUGAAGCAAUCCUCAAAGUCCAUGCCGGUGUUUUGCAUGUUUCUGCCGGAGAUUUUUAUUCAUAUUUAUUCAUAUUUAAGGAAGAAGUAUGUUAUAUUUUAGUAUGAUACGCCACAAUACAUAACUAAAUGAUAUGCUACAAUAGGAUUUGACACUGCUCAAUACAAUAUCAUAAUAUUUCACAUGAUACGACACCGUACAAUAGGAUGUGAUAUAUGGUAUAUUAUAUAAAACAGUACAUUUUGGUAGAAUUUCAUCUCACAUCAGAGAAGGAAAUCGUUACCGUAAAAUAAGAGAAGUUCUGGAGGUGUUAGGACAUUUUCUUGGCCUCAGUCGCUGCACAUAUUUAGCUCUCCUUACAGACAAACAAGCUCGACUCUAUCAGUGUGAGCGCAUCAGUGGUUUCAGCCUGAUUUUACUAACAGCCUGUUAAGUAUUUGUUUAACUUCCAUGGCGUACCCUUGUUGCAUUGCCACCCCCCUUCUUCCCCCGUCCAUCUGCUACCAAACGACGUGUGCUUUUGUGCAUUCUGCUUUAACAGUGUGAUCAUGUUACUCAAUUAGCAUGUGUCUGAGGAUCUGCAGUGCAAAGCAACUGUGUCUGGACAUCACAGCCACCGCUGCUGUUUAGCUUCAUGUCUCGGUGUGCUCUCAGGUAUGAUAACCUCUGCAUUGACGUCAAUUGUCUCUUUGUUUUGCGUUCUCUCUCUCCUGCUGGUAAAACUGUCUGUCUGACACCGCUGUAAUCUUUUCUGCUAAUGUUUUCCUCAAAUGUGUAGAUUGCCCGUGAGGCCGAGGCAGCCAUGUUCCACAGGCAGAUGUUUGAGGAGCUCCGCCGCACCACUCAUCUGACCCGUGACCCCACAGAGACCAUUGCUAUCGGUGCAGUUGAAGCUUCCUUCAAAUGCUGUGCAAGUGCCAUCAUCGUGCUCACCAAGUCCGGAAGGUGAGAAUCUCCAAAGAAGUCCCUAUUGUGUCCUCUCCUCUGCAUUCUGAGUCAUAAUGAUCUCCCUGGCGCCCACUGUGAGCAAAGAAACUGGUGCUUUGUAUUAUCUCCCCAUCCUUCCUCCUUCACUCUCUUCCUAUCUCAAACCCUCUGCUCCUGUGAAGUGUGCCAACUUUCAUAGCACUCACAAUCUGGGCACCACCAGUGACCUUUUAGAACUGAACCCUGACAUUUUCCAAGUUAAUUUUAUCUCCCUUAUCACAGCCCUCCAGUUGGGAGUUCAUUCCUCCAACACAUGUUGCAGAGGCUGCAAAGCUGUAUUUCCUAAUCACAAUGGCAUAAUUAAAGCAGCAGGAGGCGAAAACAGAAACUCAAAGGGAGCGAAUUUUACGUUCCGAAUCACAGCCUAAGCAGAUGCGGUUCUUUUGCGGUUGUUCAACUUUUAAUGAUUUACGUCUGUUUCCCUGCAGGUCUGCUCACAUGCUGUCAAGAUACAGGCCCCGUGCCCCCAUCCUUGCUGUGACCCGCUGUGGCCAGACCGCCCGCCAGGCCCACCUGUACCGUGGAGUGUACCCCCUGCUUUACACCAAGGCUGCCAACGACGUCUGGGCCGAGGACGUCGAUCUGCGUGUGAACUUUGCCCUGGAAGUUGGUGAGUGAUUAGGUUCUUGACUGUGCAUGUGUGGUUAAAAUUGUUACCCAGGUAAAGUACAACUCCUUAGAACCAUGAGAAGUGGAUUAAUUCUGUAAACAGAAGUCAUGAUAUUUUAUAUUUAAUCAACUGGAUCUGUUCUCUAUCCACAGGCAAGCACCGCAAAUUCUUCAAGUCCGGUGAUGUGGCCCUUGUUGUGACCGGCUGGCGCCCCGGCUCUGGUUACACCAACACCGUGAGAGUUGUGCUGGUUCCUUGAACAUAAUCGGAGGACGUCAGUUACCACUCUCCCUCCCAUUUUGAGUAACCUCCCUAUAUCCCAUGUGUCAGACUUUUCUUGUCUCAACAGAAUCACAAAACCAAGCUGCUCCUUCAAAGGACCUGUAAAAGUGUUGUUCACAGACAGUAACCCUCCUGAUUUGUAAUCCAUAUUUAUUGAUUUCUUGUCUAAAACCUGCUGCCUAAUACUGUACCUGGACCCUUUUAGUAGAAACUCUUCCUCGUGUUUGUACUAACCGUUCAGCUGACAAACAGAUUAAAAUUUUUUAUCUUGCAUGCACUGUGAACUUAACAACUACAUGUUUUCUCACUCACAUGGAGUUCGGUUCCUCGAUUGCCAAGCGUUACACAUACAUACUGUGUGUACUGUUCUUGUUUUCCAGUGUUUAUGCUAAACUGAAAGCUGGCAAAAGUGUCAUUGUGAAAUGAUGCAGCAUGACUGGUUGUCUUUCUAUUAAAAGGAAUUCUUGGUUCAGU